AUACUUUAGGAACGGAUGUGACUAGGAAAGUAGAUGUUGGCACACUUGUUCUUCCAGAUAAUACUAGUUACACUGUAUGUAGUUAAUGGUUCCUGGCAACCUAGUACCUACCCCGAUUCCGACGAUCUGGCCCACACAGCUUUACAGAGAGUUCCGGUCGAACACCUGGGUGAAGAUGUUCAGUUGAGAUGUACAAAAAUAUUUGAGAGGUCAGAAUCUGACAUGGAAAUGACUUCCCGUCAAUGUAGCCCAUCCUGGAGUGACGGCUGUUACCACAUGUGGUUGAAAGAUGGUGAAAAGAUUGAUACAAGAAAUUGGAAAUAUGAUACAAAGUCUAUCAUCACGUACGACUACUGUGAAAACUUUGAAUGGACAACAGAUUUAAUAAAAGGAUUCGGACCCAUCGUUGAAAUGAACUCAGGCGACAAAAAUUACUAUGCUAGCAGAGAAAUGGCUUGUUACGCAUCAUCCCUAACAAUCAAAGGUGUGGUUGCAGCUGACUUUGGGAAAUACACAUGUAACUUUUCACAUCACACAGUAGACGAGGAAGAGAAGACAGAUGACUACUACAACAAUAGAGGCAGUUCACUGCAAACCAUAACCCUUUACAAUGUAAACGACACAAGCAUCAAACAGAACACAAAAAUAGAGUACUUUCAGAAGUUUUACACGAAAGGGCUGAAAGAUAAGAUGUUGUUGCAGUGUGUUGCUACCGGUGGGGAGCUACAGUGGUCUACUGGUAUUUACCCUGAGAGUGGUUCUGGUGUUCCCUUGGCGGAGUUGAAUUCUCAAGAUAUUUGGCGAUGUUUCAACUAUUCGGAGAAUCGGCACUCUCCACAUAAGGGAAUCACAGAGUCCUUUGUAUAUGUUGACCGUAUAUGUGCUUUGGAUUCUGGUCGAACAAUAUCGUGCAUUGUUGGUGGCAACGGACUUGGACAGUUGAAAGGAAAUGUAGCUUACAUACGCAAGAAGUCCGGUUAUGAUGAUUAUUAUUAUGAAUAUCCCUACUGGGAACGUGAACCAUCUAUGGCAAUUGCUGGUUUUACAGUUGUCCCAGUGGUUGUUGCUCUACUGAUCGCAUCUCUCAUAUUUGCCGCGGUAAGAGCCAAGUUAUGUGAGUGUUGCAGCCGUAGCUCUGUUAACCCAAGAAUGGUACAGUUUCAGCCACAAGUUCCUGCUCAACCAAACCAAGUUUACCCAGCACAACCGGUUCAAGCUCAGGUACCUUACCCAGCACAACCGGUUGAAGCUCAGGUACCUUACCCAGCACAACCGGUUGAAGCUCAGGUACCUUACCCAGCACAACCGGUUGAAGCUCAGGUACCUUACCCAGCACAACCGGUUCAAGCUCAGGUACCUUAUCCAGCACAACCGGUUGAAGCUCAGGUACCUUACCCAGCACAACCGGUUGAAGCUCAGGUACCUUACCCAGCACAACCGGUUCAAGCUCAGGUACCUUACCCAGCACAACCGGUUCAAGCUCAGGUGCCUUACCCAGCACAACAAGUUCAACUCUAGGCUCCUUACUCUGUUGAUUUAUAAUGGACACAGUUGUGUAUUUUAUGGUUUUAAAGCCCUGUUUACCAGGCGACUCACAGUUUAUGUAUAACAGACUACAAAGUGGGCAAAAUUAACGCAAUGUUAACUUAUCAUUACGAACGCUCUGUACCGUACUCAAUGGUUUCUACUCUCGUGUCCAGUACUCUGAUAUUAAAAGCUUAUUAUUGCACACAUUAAGUGUACCAAGAUAUUAAGCUGUUACUUUAUUAUCUUAUUGAAUAUAUCAGAUAGAGUAGUUUCUACUUAGUUUAAAUCUUUUUAUUAUUGUAAAUAUUGUUUUGUUGAUAAUCUUCAGCUAGUUUAUGAAUUAUGGAAUUGAUGGUACCUAUAUAUAUAUACAUGUUACAGUUCUGAGGUUAUUUCAAAUUCAGCUGUUUUUUUAGUUUGCUGUUUAAGUUUUAAAGUCAAUGAUUUUAUAUUCAAAUUUGUUCAUUUUUUCAGUGGUAUUGUACACAUUAUAUUCAUAAAAUAGAAGUUCUCAUUUUCAU